CGCAGGGCGUGCCGGGGGGACCCCCGGGCAUGCCGUGCAAUAACGCGCGCUGCCUGGCGACCUGCCGGGAGUACAACCCUUCCGUUGUGAGGGCUCACUGCAGUAACACGGGAUCUUGCAAGUGCGAGUGGCUACAGCCGCCUCACGAGCCGUGCAACGUCCUCAAGUGUGACAGACAGUGCCGCAUGGAUUCGAGGAAACCGUUGAUGAACGCCCGCUGCGCCCCCAACGGCUCCUGCAAGUGCACCUAUCGGGAGGUCUGCGACGAAGGCGUGUGCAGGCAACAGUGUUUGGCAAGGCAAACAGGAAAUGCACGAACAGAGUCAUUUUGUGAGAACAACGCGUGCCACUGCAGGUACAGCAGGGUAGUGUUCACACCAAACAAGCGCUAGAUGGCGGCGGCGUUGAUGACCACCCGCAGUCUUCAUUCAUGCUGGAGUUGUUAAUAAAACGGCGAAACUUCGUACGCACGAGUGUUCAGUGCCUUUCUUUAGUUCUUUUCCUGCAAAAAGAAGAACAUGAUUAAAGGUAUAGCGCGUCGA